AUGUCAUACGUUCUCACUGCGAUUGCCAGGUCGCCAGACGCUGAGCUGCUGAACAAACUGGAGGAAGUUGUUGAGGGCCUUCCAAUCACCAUCAAACACACGAGGGUUCUGUCGACGGACCGGGCGUACGACUUUGAGGUGGACGUUAUAAGAUCCGAGGUGUGGUGUUCAUUGGAGGGAGAGGUUGUUCCUAAGCUGAAGGAUGAGCUGAACAACAUUGUUCUGCCCGGCGUUGACUUGAUCUUUCAAAAGAACGAUGAGUUUAGACAGCAGAAGAGGCUGUUCUGCUUCGAUAUGGAUUCCACUCUCAUCUACCAGGAGGUGAUUGAGCUCAUCGCUGCGUAUGCCGGUGUCGAGGCUGAGGUGGAGAAGAUCACCACUGCGGCGAUGAACGGUGACAUAGACUUCAAGGAGUCGCUUGCGAGACGCGUGAGCCUGCUGAAGGGCAUCGAUGGUACCAUUUGGGACGAGUUGAAGAAGAAGCUGGUGUUUACGAAGGGUGAUUUUGAACUUGUAAAAGGACUAAAGGCAAUGGGCUGUAAGUUGGCCGUCCUGAGUGGUGGAUUCAUCCCAUUGGCCAACUACGUCAAGGAGACUUUGGGGUUGGACUAUGCCUUUGCAAACACUUUGCAGACGGAGGUUGAUGACCAGGGGAAAACGGUGUUCAAUGGUAAGACUGAAGGAUAUAUUGUUGAUGGAGAGAAGAAGGCAGAGUUGACAAUCUUCAUCGCUGAAGAAGAGGAUAUCGACUUGAGAUCUGUUGUUGCCGUCGGUGAUGGUUCCAAUGAUUUGCUUAUGAUGGAGACAGCAGGGUUUGGCAUUGCUUGGAAUGCAAAGCCAAAGGUUCAGAAGUUGGCUCCGGCAAAGUUGAACACCGAUCAAAUAAGUGAUAUCUUCUACAUUCUGGGCUUCAGUGACGCUGAGAUUGCUGAAUUGACCCUAUAG